CCUGCAGUGCAAAGCCUGUAAAAUGAAUGUCCAUCGGCGUUGUGAAAGUAAUGUAGCUCCUAGCUGUGGUGUCGAUGCUAGAAAAAUUGCUAAAGUGCUCUCUGAUCUCGGGGUGACACCAGAUAAGAUCUCCAACACUACCCAGCGCAGGAAAAAGUUGACUCCAGGGCAGGACCCUCAGCAACCUUUAACAGAAGCCCCCUCAUCAGAGGAGUCUGACCGAUGCAAAUCAGCUCCAACUUCACCUUGCGACCAGGCGGAGCUUGCAGAACUGGAGAGUAUCCGCAAGGCCCUUUCGUUUGGUCAGGAGCACAAGUCUUCCUCCUCUUCCGCAAGCAGUGGCGUUCAGAGCACAGUGACCGAGGGCCGGGAGAAUGGAGAUGUGAAGACUGUCCAGACGAAGACGAUGAGUCUCACGGACUUCUCAUUCAUCAAAGUGCUGGGCAAAGGCAGCUUUGGCAAGGUGAUGCUGGCAGAGCUGAAAGGCACAGAUGAAGUUUAUGCUGUGAAAGUUUUAAAGAAAGACGUCAUCCUUCAAGAUGAUGAUGUGGACUGCACUUUGACAGAGAAACGCAUUCUAGCCCUGGCUAGAAAACAUCCCUAUCUAACCCAGCUAUUCUGCUGCUUCCAGACAAAGGAUCGGUUGUUCUUUGUUAUGGAGUAUGUGAAUGGAGGAGACCUGAUGUUUCAGAUCCAACGCUCACGAAAGUUUGAUGAAGCUCGUUCCCGUUUCUACGCAGCUGAGGUCACAUCUGCACUUAUGUUCCUGCAUCAACAUGGUGUCAUCUACAGAGAUCUGAAGCUGGAUAACAUUCUGUUGGACGCUGAAGGCCACUGUAAACUGGCCGACUUUGGUAUGUGCAAAGAGGGCGUUCUGGACGGGGUCACGACCACCACCUUCUGCGGGACCCCUGACUACAUUGCACCUGAAAUCCUGCAGGAGUUGGAGUAUGGCCCAUCGGUGGAUUGGUGGGCUCUGGGUGUUCUCAUGUAUGAAAUGAUGGCUGGUCAGCCUCCGUUUGAAGCUGACAAUGAGGAUGAUCUUUUUGAGUCCAUCCUCCAUGAUGACGUGCUUUAUCCUGUGUGGCUCAGUAAAGAAGCCGUCAGCAUUUUGAAAGCUUUCAUGACAAAGAGCCCCAGUAAGCGCCUGGGCUGUGUGGUGACCCAAGGACUAGAGGAAGCCAUCAAAGUCCACCCUUUCUUCAGAGAGAUUGACUGGGUCUUGCUGGAGCAGAGGAAGAUCAAGCCCCCCUUUAAACCUCGCAUUAAAACCAAGCGCGAUGUGAAUAACUUCGACCAGGACUUCACUCGCGAGGACCCUGUGCUGACGCCGGUAGACGAGGCCAUCAUCAAACAAAUCAACCAGGAUGAAUUCAAGGGCUUCUCCUACUUCGGAGAGGAGGCUUUGUCUUAAAGUCUAACUUGAUGUCUGUCAGCACAAAUAUAUGUUAAAUACACCGACAAACACUCAAAAAAAAACACAUCGCAUUGCAAUACAGGAACACACACUCCACAGAUGUUCUGAAGACGGGGCUCAGACCGGACCAGAGCAGAACAGACAGUCCCUGUGGUUCAAUUCCCCUUUACUGCUGUUUUUGUUCUUUUACUCUUCUCCGAAUCUCCAAAAAGAAAAAAACACUGUACUGCACAUGGAUCUCAUCACAGGCCUGAACAAGUUUUGCAACCAAUCAGAAAACGAAUGUUCUCCAGAGCCCAAGAAGGAAGGGUCGGAACACACUACCUUAAACCAAAAUUGACGAUACCAAUGAUUGUACUAUUUCGGACACUAGUCAGGUCUUCGUAAUCCCUUAAUGGAAAGGUCUUGCCCUUGAGGAGGAAUUUACCCUGCAUAUGUGACAAUUGACAUGUUGUGCUGUGCAGUCAAAUGCCUUUUUGUGUAUUCAGGUGACAUUUUGGGAGCAAUUUUAUAAAAUAUACAAAGACAUUUGUAGUAUAUACAGUGGGUACG